UCAGGCAGCAGCAUCAUGGCGGCGUCCACUCGUAGCGUGCAGUUCGCUUUGCGGAGAGCGAUAGCUCCGUCGUUGGUGGUGGUUUUAGGAGCUACCGGAACCGGCAAGUCCAAGCUGGCGAUCGAGAUCGGAAAACGGCUUCAGGGAGAAAUAAUCAGCGCCGACUCCAUGCAGGUGUACCAGGGCCUCGACAUCAUCACCAAUAAGGUGACGGCGGAGGAGCUCGCCCAGUGCAGACAUCACAUGAUCAGCUUUGUGGACCCGCUAGUUAGCAGCUACACGGUGGUGGACUUCAGGAACAAAGCCCUGGCUCUGAUAGAUGACAUGCACAGCAGAAACAAGCUGCCAAUCAUUGUUGGAGGAACGAAUUAUUACAUCGAGUCUCUGCUGUGGAAAGUCCUGCUGGAUACAGGGCAGGAGAACGAAGAGUCAGAGGAUGGAGGAGACGGAGCUCCAAACAGGAAAUUGGAGUUGGAAAAACUGGGAGCAGAUGAGUUACACAAACGACUGGCGGAGGUGGACCCCAAAAUGGCUUCCAUGUUGCACCCCAACAACAAACGCAAGAUUGCCAGGAGCCUGCAAAUCCAUGAGGAGACAGGCGUCCCCCACAGUCACUGGCUGGAGGAGCAGAGGGGGCAGGAGGGAGCCGAUGGGCUGGGGGGCCCGCUGAGGUACCCAGACCCCUGCAUUUUCUGGCUGCAUGCAGACAUGGAGGCUCUAGACAAGCGGUUGGAUGCUCGCGUAGAUGAGAUGUUGUCUGCAGGACUGAUAGAGGAGCUAAGAGACUUCCAUGUCCGCUAUAAUCAGCAGAAAGUCCAGGAUGACAGUCAGAGCUAUCAACAAGGGAUUUUCCAGUCCAUUGGUUUUAAGGAGUUUCAUGACUACCUGACUGCUCCUGAAAGCAGAACCCAGCAGGAGAAACACACACUACGAGACAAAGGUAUAGAAGCUGUGAAGAUCGCUACAAAGCGUUACGCCCGCAAACAGAAUAAAUGGGUCCGUAACCGCUUCCUUAAACGACCUGGAGACAACGUGCCAGCGGUGUACGGCCUGGAUGCGACGGACGUGUCGAGGUGGGAGGAGACGGUGCUGAACCCUGCACUGCAGAUACUGGACAGUCUCAGUAAGGGUGAGGAGCCAAAGAUUCCACCGAUCAGAGUUCAGGAGGCGGGGCAGAAAAACAAACGCAACCUCCACACGUGCGAUCUGUGCGACAAAGUGAUCAUCGGUGACCUUGAGUGGACAGCUCACCUGAAGUCCAAGAAGCAUCACUAUCAUGUGAAGAAGAAGAGGAAGUCUGAUCCGACCGGUGACGAGUGCACCGCCGCAGCUCCUGCCUCUGCAGGGGAGACUCUCUCCAAGGACGCCACUUGUGCUCCUGUUGCCCCGGGCUGCAGUGAAACCUCUCAGGACUCUUCCCAAGACACCAGGACAACACACAAGGAAGUACCGGUGACAUUUUAGCGACUGUGCUGACUCUGGCCUACAUACAUUUAUUCAGGUUUCCACCACUGUUCUGCACUAACACAGGACUCUGGACGGUCCUUAUAGAAUCACGAAUGUGUCCACGUGUUUUGUUUUGUUUUUUUACUGGGAGGGCCACGCUGGGAGAGUGUGUACUCGGGCUGUCGUCUUCCCAUUGAGCUCCAUUAAUUCUUCCAAACCAUAAUAUUUCAAAAGGAUAAAAGCUCUUCCAGCCCUGAAAAUUCAUAACACGGAUCCUUGCUGAAUGUGGAUAGCAAUGAACAUAUUUGAGACUUUUUCUUUUUGUGUUUUUGUUUUUUGUUCGUGGUCAGAGUUGAUGGUCAGGACGAUUCAGCGUUUUGGACACAGAAAGAUUAAGGAUUAUUUUUUUGUCUCCUCCUGAAAACCUUGGUUAAAUUGUAAGAGGAAAUAUUAUUUUUCUAUUUUUGCUGAAUGUGCCUUAACUUAACUAAGCGGUGACCUCUCAUAUGGUCCGCACCAAAUGAAAAUCUUCCAUUUCUAAAAUAUUAGCAUUUCAGGAUUAAAGCGUCUCUGCCUCGUGUUAAGCUUAACCAUCAUGCACUUUUAAACUCAUCCAGCUGAAUUUGAAAAUAUUGAAUAAACCAGAGGAUUUCAAAUUUUCUCAACCAAUGAAGGAUUAUGUGUUUUGUGUCACUUGAAUGGAAAAAAAACUAAAUCCAUGAAAUUGGAUUAGAGAGGUUUUCACAUGACACCAGCGCUAGUUUUACCUGUAUCUCGGUGAAAUCUCAGCGGGAUACUUACACAGUACAUACAUUGUGCUUUGUUUUCCUGCUGCCGCCUUGUUUUACUGUCAUUGAACACGUUUUUCUACCCCUUUUGUUUGAUAAUGACUAGACACAUGAUUUGUGUUGUUGCCUUGCAGCGGAGCGCAUUUCUGCUCUGACAGUGGUAUAAACCCCCGGCUCAGAGAGAGCGUGACUUCCCAGCAGUGAUUGCAGGUCUUUGUUUAUGUAACAGCGUGUUGUACCCCCCUUUCAAACCCAAGGUGUGCCUGCCUACUGUAAAACCACUUACACAAUACCUGGCGUCUCUCCAAAAGCCUCUUUUGGCGCUCCCUUUCCCUCUCCUCACCUGCCACUUUUUCUUCUCACCCCUCCCCUCCCUUUCCAACAAAUCAGAGCAGAAUUGUUUGGUGUUACCGGCCGACAAUCCAUCAUCUCUCUCUUUUAAAUUUCCAGUCCGAGUCUUAGACUUAUUCUUUCAGUGCAAGUUUAGUUCACAGGCUCCUGGUGUUUGACCUCAUCCACAUGACUAAAAAUAUUUCCAGCCAUAUAAUAACUGGAAAUGUGCGUGUGUGUGUGCGUGUGUGUGUCCCACAUUCCCUCAUUCCAAACUGGGUCAGGCCUCAAGCUUACUGGGGACUUACCAUACAGUAUGGGAGUCACACUGAUAGUUAAGAUCACUGGUGCCUAGCUUUUAUAACCCCUCUGUGUUUGUUUGUAUUUCUUUCCUUCUGUUGAACAUUUCAUUUUCUUUUCCCUACAGUGAUUGUUCCCUGCUCUAUCAUCUCUGUAAUAAAAAAAAUAAAAAAAAAUUAGAGUGAUAUUUAAAUAAGAAAAAAAAUGUAUCAUCAGCCAUAUUUUCUUAGGCAACUCGAUGUGUGGCAUGUUCUCAUCUGAGGUGCCCCAGUGAGUCUUGCCUGGCACCUCCAGGCACUGCUGAAUCACUCCACAUUUAAAGCAGAAAGCUUGCGCAAUACAAUGACAUAAGGCUUCAGCCCCUUGAACCGCACAUACACACACACACUCGCAAGAAGUGGAGAAGUAGGGCAGCGGCCACGGUCACAAGGCUAAUUAGUGAUUUACGCACUGCGAUGCAUUGGAUCUUCUACGGACUCGCACACACACAUGCACUGAGUGAACUCAUUAGCUGCAGACAGUGAGCACAAAGAAUCAACACACCAAACCAGCUUUGAAAUGGGAAACCCGGAACUAUGGUCUCUCUCACACACACACACACACACACACACACACACAAAUAAGUCCUUUUAGAGUGGAGUUUUCUGCUUUCUUGGGUAUUUGAUUUGAUGACGCCUCCUUAGAGCUCUCAUGUGUGUGUAUGUGUGUGUGUGUGUGUGUACACAUGUAUGUAUGUAUGUAUGUAUGUAUGUAUGUGUAGCUGCAUCAGUCAACAAGCCGUACAAUAAUUCACCCAGUUUCACCGCUCCAUUCAUGUCUCUCUCUCUCUCUCUCUGUCAGCCUGGUCCAGCUCUGUGGCGGCUCAGUAGCUGUAUAUGUUCACAGAGCACACACUGUCCUAUACGUGAGGCCCAAGGUGGGGCAGGCUGACUUAUGUAACACAUGCUGCAGCCUAUAGACGCUUGUUGUCAGUGUCCGGCCUGUUUGCCGUGGCGUUUUGGCCUCUGCUACUGGCUUUACUCCACGUUCUGCAGCCAAUGUGCUUCUUAUUGAUACUUUUAAUGAUUUAUAUUAUUAGAAAUUAAAUAUCUUUGGGCUCCUGGUGAGACAAAACAAACUAUUAGAUAUUUUAGAUAUCACAGUUACUAUUGGAUGAAUUAUUCUGAUAUUUGAUACAGACAGUGAUGUUCGCCCUCAGAAUGAAUAACUUUGGUGAUUAUGGGAUCUUUCCUCUAGCGCCAUCAUCAGGUAAAAGUUUCAGUUAGUCCAGUAAUUUGGUUUAUGAUUGAAUACCUGCAAAUCUAAUAAAAUUCCCAUGAACCUCAGGUGUAUUUUGAGCUUAGCACAUUUUAGCAAAUGUUAGCAUGCUAAUACGCGGAUUUUGGUGCACAUCAUAAACAUUAUACCCGCUACAUAUCAUAUCAUGUUAGCAUUGUCAUUGUGAGCAUGUUGGCAUACUGAUGUUAGCAUUUAGCUCAAAGCACCACUGUGUCUUAACUACAUCAUAGCUGUUUGAUUGUUACAUCAAUUGAAGGAAUUAUUUGACAUUAUGAGAACCAUGUUUACUUGUUUUCUUGCCAAGAGUUUGUAGACUGAUCCCACUUUCAUGUCUGUAAAGUAAAUAUAAAGCUAGAGCAGGUAGCUGGUUAUCUUAUUUUAGGGUUAUUAAUAUAACAAAGAGCGAGCCUGUUUUAUAAAUUACCGCAUUAUAUCUCAUUUGUUGACUACAAAAAAUGUUCCCAGUUUGUGUGCUACUGAUGCUAAAAAGAGUCUGUGUUGUUGAAUUUACAAUGCCUCUCCGCCCCACAGCUCUGCUGUAGUAGUGUGUCAUCCAGUGACUGUGCGUCUAGGUAAUUUGAAGUCCACUUAAUCCUAAUCUCUAAUCCCAUUUGACUAAACAUUCUCUGCCAUCUGGCCCUGGCGAGACAAAAAACACACUCACACGCACCUACACACACAGGGAGACAGACAUGCAAACAGCUAAUCAGCUAGAGCGGCAGCUGUAGUCGAAAAAGCUGUCGACUUGACUACAAAGAAGAAGCUUCAUUUAUGGAAACUAUCUGUUUUGUGGAGCAUGUUAAUAGAUAAUACAGAGGGACAAACAUUUGGCUGUGGCAAAAUAUUAUACACCACUAA